CUGCUGUAGCCCGGAUGUCCGAGUGCCCCUGUCGCCUCCACUGAUCCCGGAGCUACUUGAAGCAAACCUUCCAGCGGUCAAUGGCUGUCGAUAUUCAACCAGCAUGCCUUGGACUUUAUUGUGGGAAGACCCUAUUAUUUAAAAAUGGCUCAACUGAAAUAUAUGGAGAAUGUGGGGUAUGCCCAAGAGGACAGAGAACAAAUGCACAGAAGUAUUGUCAGCCUUGCACAGAAUCUCCAGAACUUUACGAUUGGCUCUAUCUUGGAUUUAUGGCUAUGCUUCCUCUUGUUUUACACUGGUUCUUCAUCGAAUGGUACUCUGGGAAAAAGAGCUCCAGUGCACUUUUCCAACAUGUCACUGCAUUAUUUGAAUGCAGUAUGGCAGCUAUCAUCACCUUACUUGUGAGUGAUCCUGUUGGUGUUCUUUAUAUCCGUUCAUGUCGAGUAUUGAUGCUUUCUGAUUGGUACACGAUGCUUUACAACCCAAGUCCAGAUUAUGUUACCACAGUACACUGUACUCAUGAAGCUGUCUACCCACUGUACACCAUUGUAUUUAUCUAUUAUGCAUUCUGUUUGGUAUUAAUGAUGCUGCUUCGACCUCUUCUGGUGAAGAAGAUUGCAUGUGGGUUAGGGAAGUCUGAUAGAUUUAAAAGUAUUUAUGCUGCACUGUACUUCUUCCCAAUUUUAACUGUGCUUCAGGCAGUUGGCGGAGGCCUUCUAUAUUAUGCCUUCCCAUAUAUUAUAUUAGUGUUAUCUUUGUUCACUCUGGCUGUAUACAUGUCGGCUUCUGAAAUAGAGAACUGCUAUGAUCUUCUGGUCAGGAAGAAAAGACUAAUUGUUCUCUUCAGCCACUGGUUACUUCAUGCCUAUGGGAUAAUCUCCAUUUCCAGAGUGGAUAAGCUUGAGCAAGAUCUGCCCCUUUUGGCUUUGGUACCUACACCAGCCCUUUUUUACUUGUUCACUUCAAAAUUUACAGAACCUUCACGGAUACUCUCAGAAGGAGCUAAUGGACAUUGAAUAUAAAAUGCCAAAAAACCCAAAAAGUGUUCUUAAUAAAGAAUAAAGAAAUUUAAUAAAAAUGCAUUAGAAUUAUUCUGUCACACAUGGGAACAAGAUUGUCAGUCAGUCUAUCUUAAUGUUUGUUUUUGUUUGUUUGGUUGGUUGGUUUUGUUUUUGACUUAACAGACUUUAUGGUUAGACAUGGAAAAUAUGAAAUACCAUAAUACUCUGUUGCAUAGUAUAAUACUAUCUACCACACUAGAAGCCUAAACUAAACUUCUGAGGAAGUUUCAGCUGUUCUUAGAGCGUAAUCAUGUUUCUGUGUACUUGGUAGCAAAUGUUUCUGUGUACUUGAUAGCAAUGGCCUGUUCACUUUUUAGUAAGAAAAACUUUAAUAAGUAUAAUCAGAAAUCCCUAGCAGUGACAUAAUUGUGCAUGCCUGUUGUGUUUCAAUUUGUUUUUCACCUAUAAUGGGUUACAAAGACAAACAUAUUUGUGGGGUCUGACAGCAAAUGUGGAAAUAAAGUAUUGUUUUUUGUUAUCUAUUUAUUUUCACCAAUACAGUAUUUUGAUAAUACAGAAAUAGAGCAUAAUUUAUGUAACAGGUUUUCUGUUUAUAAUUUGAAGACACGUUCAGAUUAUUGUUCCUGUAAAGAAAAUAAUAAAAAGCUUAACUACAAAAAACU